AUGGACAACCUCGAAAUGAACCUCCUCAUCGAGAACUACAUCGAUGAAGAAAAAGUGUGCCAUAAUUUCCCCUUUAGAAAGUUCCAUCUUUUAUUAUAUGCCUACCGAAAUUACCACCAGACAGUUUAUCUGCGGAAAAAGGAGCUAGCUAAUGUGGAGAAUAAUGACAGAUGCGGGGGUAGCGAUUCUAAAGACGGGUUCGGUGGUGGUAGCCAUGAAGCGUUAAGUGUAGACUCGGUAAAGAGUCAGUAUAAUUAUAAAAAAAAGAAGAAAAGAAAUAAACAGAUAUCUUUUGGCACCUCGGAGAGCUUUCCGAGUAACAUAAGUGCCAGUGGACGAAGGAAGGAUGCGCAAUGUGUUGAGACUUACGACGUUUCUAACCCAACGGUGACAUUCACCAACACAGAAAACAUAACUGGUAGCAAUGUGUUCGCUGCAGGCACCAGCGUGAACAGUCCCUGCGCCAGUGUCGAAGCGAACUUAGCGACACACGGCACAAAUGAUGACCACGUAGAGAAACUUCCCGGGCAAGGGAAGAAUCCUGGGGGGAAGACAUACAGAAGAAUCAACUCUGAAAAUAGAACAGACAGUUUCCUUUUCCCCAAACGGGGAGAAUUGCCUGAACAUGGUCAGGGUGCUGAGGACUACUCCGAACAGGACAUGCUAAAACUUGUUUACUAUUUUUUGGGGAAGUUUAUGUUUAGUAAGGACAGGAAGAAGAAGAAUAAGCUGAGGGGGAAGAGCAGCUUGUUGUUGAUGCUGGAGAGGGAGGAAGAUGCCAGAGCCAAUCCCAUGGUCGGGUCGAAGGGACAAAGGAAGAGGGCAGUCAAGGGGGCGCCCAGGGGUGCCUCCCAAGGGAGAGGCAAGACGGGUGGAGCGGCGGAGAAAGGGGGGGGAAAUGAGGUUGAGAAAGGGGUGAAAAAUGAGGUGGAGAAAUCAGUGGCCACUGAGGUCGAGAAGGCAGUGGCAACUGCGGUGAAGUUGGAACCGAUUAACGAAGCGGAGCAGGACGUACAGGAAAAACUGUCAAACGAGGAGACCAACUGCAAGCAGAAGGGGGAGGAACCCGCAGAGGGGGGCGAUGGUACCCAGGAGACUGAAGUCGGGGAGGUAAGAAGGGUGUGCACGGGGGAAGCCAACGUGGAGUCGAUUGGAGAUGGCGCCGAAGUGGAAGGGGGUGGAGGUGGCGCUGAAUUGAAGGUUUCCCCGGAUA